AUCCAUUUCGGUUCGACAUUUACUUUGCGCGACCCGAUUUCACAAUAACCAAAAUAUUGUCAGUUACAUUGCUUAAUAGUCUCAUCUUGAGCAAUACCUCGAAGAUUGUCGAAGAUGGGGAACAUAAACACUGUUGGACCAAAUGAAGCACUAAUUAUUUCAGGAGGAUGCUGUGGCUCCCAGGGGAGGAAAACCAUUGUUGGAGGAUGGGGCUGGUCAUGGUGUUUAGUGACCGAUGUUCAGAGGAUAUCCUUAGAGGUCAUGACCUUGAACCCUGUGUGUGAGAGUGUAGAGACCUCUGAGGGUGUGCCAGUUACUGUGACAGGGGUCGCCCAGGUCAAGAUCAUGAAGGAACCCGAGCUUCUGAAGACUGCCUGUGAACAGUUCCUGGGGAAAAGUGUCCAUCAUGUUGAAUCAGUCAUUCUGCAGACAUUAGAGGGUCAUCUCAGGUCAAUUCUUGGUAUGUAUCACAGUAUGACUGCAUGUUUGCCCUCUCCCAACCAACUAGCUAAAAAUGACCCAAAACUUUUUUUUAACCUGUGA